CUUGAUGUGCUUUGAUGUGCUUCCUGCACCCACCAAAAUCCCGGUUUUGUCGCCUUCUAACCAAUUUCCUCCGGUUCCAAUCGUCUGACCGGCUCGGUGCCCGUCUCAGGGCAUCAACAUGCCUGCUGUUCAUGGCGACUUAAUAGGCACGGUGAUCCCCACCGAGAAAGAACUGCCGUUGGAGAUUGUUCCGCGCCAGGUAACGCUCAGGGACCGCGUCACCGUCGCAACUCUAGUGCCCUUCACAUCUGCUGCGAUGGUACCUCGGUCCCUGCUGGCGUAUCUUUCCGAUCAAUUGAACAAAGAGAUCGAAGGCGGGGACACAUACGCUAUGAUCGACCCCAUCCCCCUGGAACAGUUCGGAUCAUAUUGGUUUUCCAAUUUCGGUGCGAUCAUGCUCCUGGGAGACAUCAAGAGCGUGCAGGAAGUCCAAUCCAUGGGUCGUCAGCGAGCCAAUUGGGCUAAACUCUGCCUGGGUAGUUUCAACAUCAGACCCAACUACCCCGGUCGUAGUAGUCAUGUCUGUAACGGCAUGUUCAUUGUCACCGAUGCGGCUCGCAACAAAGGUGUAGGUCGAUUGAUGGGGGAGGGCUACCUCGAGUGGGCUCCUAAAAUGGGAUACACAUAUGCAGUCUUUAACCUGGUUUACGAAAGUAACGUGGCGUCCUGCCGCCUGUGGGACGCCUUGGGCUUCAAGCGUAUCGGUAGAGUUCCCGGAGGCGGCCGGCUGAUGUCCAAUCCAGGCCAGUAUGUCGACGCUAUCAUCUACGGACGAGAUCUCGGUCCGGAUGGGGAGGAUUCGGCAACGCAGGAUCGGUUCGAUAAGAUCCGGUAUUAUCUCAAGCAUUCCAAAUAUCCCCGCGGGGCUGAUCGAGCGGAGAAGAGUCGGCUGCGGAGCGCCGCCACCCACUACAAGCUGGUCGACGACGAAGACGGGACUGGAGAGAAGUUGAUGCUCAAAGACAAGGAGGUGGUGUCGGACCCACAGCAGCAGUACGACAUUGCCCGGGAGAUGCAUCUACAACAUCAUGCCGGCAUCAACAAGACAACCGCUGCCAUCGCAGUUAAGUAUCACUGGGUUCGCAUCAAGGAGACGGUCAGUCGGGUGAUCCGGGAUUGUCCGCAGUGCAAAGAGACGCUCAAACCCUCCAUCGUGAACGGGUUCAUGAACGACAGUACGCCGGAGAUGGAAGAGAUGGACGACGAAAACGAGGACGAGGAGGAAGAGGAGGCGGAUGACGGGAUGCAAGUGCAUCAUCAUCAUCAUCAUCAUCAUCAUCCUCCUACCAUUCCGACCAGCACGCUCAUGGGGGCACAUGCGCUCAUGGACCACCCAGCGGACAUGAAUGCACAUACGGCCCAGAAUCCCUUCGUAACCACCCAUCCCGGCGUUGUGCCGGGAACGGUCGACUCGAUCACCGACUACACCGGCCUGCCUCUGGAUCCACAGAUCAUCAACAUCCACCAACAACUGCCCCGAUUCCACCCUCACGACCCUAUGACCGAUCCCUACACGCACGGUGCGCAUGCAUUGCAUGGUACGAGUUUCGAAGACGAAGUGCGACAUCACACGGCUCACGAUUACCAUAUGAUGGUCGAUGACCCGACGGACCCCGACCCGUCUUCUACCCUUCAUCAAAGCGCGCUGGGGCUGGUACCUUCACAGGCGCAUAACGUCCAUCACGAACAGAUUCUCGCGAAGUACGAUUACGUUGGCCAGCAAGACGACGAGUUAGAUUUUGUAUAGCAUCUUUAUAAUCUCUCUUUCAUUCACUGCAUUGCAUCACCACUUGGCCAGUUAGGCUACCCGACUUGCCUCCAUGAUGAUCCAUUUCUCCGUCAAAAUUUUAUUUUGAUCCUCCGCGUUGGAAAAGGCCU